CAAGUUUGCUUGGAGAAAAAGAAAUAUCACGGAAGAGGAAAAAAAGGCUGGAGUGAUUUGGAAUUUUAUAGGGACUCCACCACUGGUUUGAGGAAAUACAAGCACAAGUAUCGGCCAUCAGAAGAAGAUGACCUCGAAGCUGCACUUGUGAAAUGUGAAGAGGUUCUUCCCACAUUUCAAAUUGCAUCUUCCAAAACUUGGGAAACACGAAUGUCUAAUUUGACCUCUAGUUGGGACAACAUCAGGAAGUGGCUAAUAGAGGCAGUCCUUAGCUGUGAGGGCUUCCCCUCUCCAGACAUUUACAGCAUUUGUUUGGAAGGCAAAGUCUGUAUACGAUUUAUGGAGUGCCUAAAACAGUUUAUGUGCCAUUCAUGCGGUGAAAAGGUUCACAAGUCUUUGCCUUUGCAUGACAGAGAUACAUAUGUAAAUGGGUACUUUCAUGCUAUUCCCCCAACUGUUGGAGUUGAUGGAAAAGGUUAUCACCAAAUAAUAGGUAAUCUCACAAUAUACAGUGUCCAUUUUUUUAAAUUAUUAUUUUCACUUCAUAUGCUUAAUUAUACAUUU